GAUGGGGCGGGCAGCAAGUCGCCAAGGAUGCAUUUUCUUGCGUCACCUGACACUUGGCUUGUCGCAAGAGAAGAGAUAGGACUGCGCUUCAGCGGUACGAGAAGUCUGGUGGAUCUUCGCCACGUGAAGGUGGAGCACGAGUGUAUUUCUAUCUUCAGAUGCUCGCCGUUUUCGUUUGGAGCCCUGUUAUUUUCACGAAUUACACGUGUGCCUCGCGAAUAUCAAAAUUUCCGGGAGCUAUUCCUUAAAAUGUAUCACCAUCUUUUAUGUCGUUGCUCAAAGAUUCACAAGACUGAUGACGGAGGUAAGUUCACAGUAAAAGCGACAGGAGCACCAGCAGAAGUGGCGGAUGUCUGUAAGAGUGCCGACAUCUCGGGCAACACGAUACACAAAGCGCGGCAUGGGUUUGUCUUGGAAAUAAGAAAAACUGACGAAAAAAAAAAAAAAGGGGGAAAGCAAAGACUAUUUUACAAGAGUUCUUGUGGCUAGUCUACCGUGCUGAGCAACAUGUCAGCCAGGAAGUUUGUUGUGCUAGUGUUGGUGGUGUUUGCCAAGGCGCAGGAUGGAUACACGGUCAACGACGACAUCAACACGUCCACAGCCGUGGACAAUACGCAGACCACGACGAACCUCUUUUCUACGAACUGAAUUCCGAAGACGAUUUUCCCUCGUUUGGUCCCCGAAGCUUCGUCUUUUGGACUGGCAACGCAGAGGAGGAGGGCAGAGGAGGACCUCCUGGUAGGGACUGUGGACUCGAACGACGAGAUUUUCAGUGAAUGCGUCAUGGAGAGUAACCCUUGCGACCAGGUGUGUUACCUGAUUGGUCUGGACACCACGAUCUGCGACUGCCACCCUGGGUAUGCUUUGCUCCCCGACGGCCAGACGUGCAGAGACGUGGAUGAAUGUGACCUGAGCUUUUGUGGAGAACACGGUACGUGCACAAACACCCUGGGUAGCUUUGCGUGCACCUGCCACCCUGGAUUUCUACCUGGCCGUGGUGGCAUUUGUGUCGAUUUUGACGAAUGCGCGGACCCAGAAGUGUGCCCUGGCCCAGCGCAGUGCACUAACCUGGAGGGCUCGUACAGGUGUGACUGUCCACCCGGAUAUGCCUACGUCAUCAACCAGUGUCAAGAUGAAGACGAGUGUCUGAUGGAGGUGUGUGGAGAACACAGCUACUGCAACAACACCCUGGGCAGCUACACAUGCAGUUGCGAGACCGGCUAUACCCCGGCCCCCAACGGCUCAUGCGUGGAUGUUGACGAAUGCGGUGACCCGGAAGUGUGUCCAGGCCCAGGGCAGUGCACUAACCUCGAGGGCUCCUACAGGUGUGACUGUCCAGCCGGUUAUGCACACGGUAUUAAUGGGUGUCAAGAUGAGGACGAGUGUAUGAUGGCGGUGUGUGGGGAGCACAGCUACUGCAACAACACGGUGGGCAGUUACACAUGUACCUGUGAGACUGGCUAUACCCUGGACCCCAGCGGCUCAUGCGUGGACCUCAACGAGUGUGAAGGAGACCGAGCCUCAUGCAGCCAGCAGUGCGUGAACCUGCCAGGUCACUUCCGGUGCGAGUGCUUGCCAGGCUUUCGUCUUUCAUCCGACAACAUCACCUGCAUUGAUGUCGAUGAGUGUCUCCUUGGCUACGGUGGGUGCCAGCAGAGAUGCAACAACCUUCUGGGGACCUACUACUGCAGUUGUCAUCAGGGGUACCGACUGAGUAUCGACGGCGUUUCUUGCUUAGAUAUAGACGAGUGCUUGCAGAACCAGGGUGGCUGUGAGCACACUUGUACCAACACUGUAGGUGGGUUUGUCUGCUCCUGUCCGCCGCAUCUAUCUCUGUCGCCUGACAACCGAACAUGCCAAGGUGCUGGGGUUUCCAGAUGUGAGCAGCAGAACGGCGGCUGUCAACAGGUGUGCGUCACGUUACCUGAGGGAGGCUACAGGUGUGACUGUCAUGCCGGCUACCAGAUACAGUCAGACCACGCGACUUGCGAAGAUGUGGACGAGUGUGCACAUGCCAACGGUGGGUGCCACCAGCGUUGUCUCAACAGUCCCGGAAGCUACCACUGCGCAUGCGAGGAAGGUUACUCCUUAAGGCGUGACGGCGAUGGGCUUGUUACUUGCGAAGCUACCUGCGACCCUCCGUGUCGUAACAACGGGCGGUGUGCUGCACCUGGACUGUGUGUCUGCCCACCUGGGUACCCGGGUUCUGACUGUUCUCCGUUGUGCACCCCGCCUUGUGUCCACGGGGGCGCGUGUAUUCGUCACAAUGUGUGCAGCUGUGCAGAAGGCUGGAGCGGCCUAGGCUGCAGGGAAGCCAACUGCGCUCCAGGAUGCCGUAACGGAGGCCGGUGCAUCGCGCCCAACACGUGCCAGUGCGCGGAUGGCUAUGACGGCGCCAGGUGUGAAGCAGCUACCUGUACCCCGCCCUGUGAACAUGGAGGGCGCUGCGUGCGACCCAACGUCUGCGCAUGUCGACCGACCUACAUUGGGCCUCACUGUGGUCUCCGCUCGGCCGUGACGGCAGACGGGAGGAGCUGUCAGCCGCCAUGUGUCAACGGCGGUCAGUGUGUCCUCGGUCGCUGUCGUUGUCCAGCAGGAUUUCUGGGCCAGUCCUGCGAGCAAGCUGUUGAACCCGAAUGUCGCCCACGAUGUUCAAACGGUGGUACCUGUCUCCAUGGUAACACGUGCCAGUGUCCGGAGGGCACUAGCGGCCAUCGUUGCCAGCAAAGCCACUGUCGCUUAGUGACCUAUACACAGUCACUAAGACAAGGCGUGCGGAGGCCGGUGACGGAGGCCUACAACAUUCCCUGUGGUCGGUUUGGCUGGCAAACAUGCACUGCGUACAGGAUCGUCCAACGUUUCGUAUACACCACGGCCUUCAGAGUCGGCUACAGGCGGAAGUGUCCACCAUUUGACGAUUGACGUCACUUCCUUCGACUAACCGGGCUAUAGUCAUGUGACUUUUCUUCAUUUAAUCACUCUUACUAACAGUGUCAUCACGUUUAUGUUUUUUUUUUCUCAUGUAACAUUCUGAUUUCCAACGUAUUGUUUACGUGUGCGGUAGUUGCGUGCAAAAUGAAAGUGAUGAGCGAUGAAGUUUUUCACCAAACCAGCGUUUUACUGCUUGUAGCUUGCGUAUUUGCGAUGACAGACACGAACAAUACUACUGUCACACAGCACAUAGACAUGUGCACGUUUAUAUUGUAAAACAAUUUCUGCAGGGAAAUACACAGCAAUGAUCCCUUUUGCUUCCAAAGACAGCAGGAAUGUUCUGCUCAGGUCGUUACAAAUGUCAGGCAUCAUCGUCGUGGUCAUGUGACGCGGUUUCACUAUUAUGUGUACUCAAAGUUAUUGUCCUAACAAUAGAUUGGAUAAAUAAUGAGUUCAGGUAAUAACACUUGUAAAGCUUUAGUCUAUUUUAAAUUUAUGAAAGAGCACAAACAGUAUUUACCACAAGUGACACGCGCGCACACUCACAGACCACACAUAGGUCAGAGAGAACAUAACCAUUGAAUCGCUGAACAUUUUUUUUCAAACGAAUUAUAAUAAAAAAUAAUCUGCAAGUAACUAGUAAAUAAAAGCUACAGAUGCUUGUUAUUAACUGUAUGAUCGAGAAGCAUGUCUCAUAAAUGCGUGCACGGACGCGCUGACACAAUGACACCCUCAGCAGGCAAGCAGGCGCACUCUCAGACACACACGACAUCAACCACACACAAGCUCGCUUCUUUUGAACUAUUAUCUUGGGCACUCAGCCUGUGAUCGCAGGAAGGUCACUUCAUCCUCGGGGAGCUCGCAAGUCGGGGGAGAAGGGCAGGUCUUUGAGGCUGAUGGGUGCUGGCGGUCCCAGGAGGACCAGCCAAGGAUUGGAAUCGCGCCAUUGCUCCCCCUUCCCCCUUACCUCCACGUGGCGCUAGUCUUGGGACGGCUGCAUGGGUACCUCGCACUGCCACCUACCCUGUCUAGCGAGUGUCACGGGUCGAAGCCUGCUGCCACAAUGUAUCAAACAUUCGUAAACAGUUCGGAGGUUAACGGAUGUUGUCAUGAUGGUCACAGCGAUUCACAGGAUGGCAAGGAAAAGCUUCGAGCUGCUUACACUGAAGACACACAGCUGAAGGUUUGCAAGAUAAGGCUUAUAAUAGAUGGUAAUAAGGCUUAUAAUAGAUGGUAAUAAGGCUUAUAAUAGAUGGUAAUAAGGCUCAUAAUAGAUGGUAAUAAGGCUCAUAAUAGAUUGUAAAUAAGGCUUAUAACGGAUGAUAGUUAAAAAUAAGUAUUACAGAACAUACAGCUUAUAGUUGGCAGAAAACAAGGUAUGCAGCUGAUGGUGAAAAUAAUGUUUCCAGCUGAUGGUAGAUA